AAAGUAUAAAUUAUCCAAUUCAUAGGGAGCGAAGUGCCAAAACGUCUUUUUGUUUUUCCCCAAUAGCGAAAAAAGAAAAAACACUACAGAAGCAGACGAGAUUCCACUUCCAUUGAUCAUUUUCAUUGAUAUCUCUCUCUCUCACUCUCACAAAUCUUCUGAUAAAAUUCGCUGUGAAAUUCAUCUGAUGAUUGAUUGAUGAAUAAUUCUCUUCUGAUAAAUUCGAUUCGAUGAUUGUAAUUAGUAUAAAUUGAGUUGAAUUCCACGGAAUGUCAAACCCUAAUAUAACCCUCUCGAUCGCUUCGGUGGCCAUUAACAUCACGGAACCACCUGUGCGCAGCAGAAUCGGUAGGGUUUCGGAAUGGUACAGCUACGGAAGCGCGGGGUGCAACAGUUUCUGGCGCGAAGCUGCCCUGGUUGUACCCUCGAUUUUGUUGGUGUUGUACCUAGGGUUCCAGGCGAGGCGCAAUCUGAAGAAGCUCAGCCACCGCAAGUCUUACGUCAUGAUUGCGUACUACGCAAUCCUAUGGUUGUCCGCGCUUCUCAAUUUGGCAUGGUCGAUUCUUCAGGGAUGGCAAUGUGCGCCGGGGAAGGUGGUUGGUUGGAACCUGUUGUCAUUAUUCACAGAGUGUGGAAUGCUAUCUUUAGAAAUUAGCGUAGUUGCAUUUCUGCUCCAGGAGAAUUAUGCCAGUGGAUUAGAAGCAUUAGCACCCACUUUCCUAGCUUCAGGUUCCGUUGUUGCUGUUGAUAUACUUGUCCAGGCUAUUUUCAUAUUUGGAUUCGGAGUGCCUCUCUUCAUUAAUGCAGAAUCUAGACACUGGGGAAAGUGGAGUGUGCUGUUUAUUCAUACUUUGGUGCUUACAGUAGUCUACUGCUACAUAUUGUUUUUCCACUAUUCGAAGUGGAGAGACAAGUUGCCACCAAGGCCAUCAUUCUACAACUAUGUUGUCGUCAUGUUUAUAAUAAACGUUAUGGCAUUGUUUGCUAGUGGACUGGCUGGAAUCGGUUUUGGCUUUGGACUUUGGCUGUACAACUUCAUAAUUAUCUGCCGUCACUCCCUUUAUCUUCCUUUCCUCUACGUAACUUUCCUGGCCGAUUUUUUCCAGGAGGAAGAUUGGCUAUUGGAUAAUGCAUACUACUCGGAGAUGAAAGAUGCUGGUUUUUUCGAUACGGAGUGGGAUUAGCCAAGUGUCUACUUAUUAAAAUGCGACAUGAGAACUUUUGGAUAGACUUGUAUAUAAUCAAUCAUCUCCAGUUAAACUGCAUCCGUUAAGUGCAAUUUCCAUACGAACUAAAGAUGUAGUGUCUGCAGUAGAACUGUAAAUGCCUGUAACAGUUAUGUGAAUUUGAAUAAUGCUACGUUCCGUCCCUUGCCGUAACUGGUACAUUAGCUACUUGAUGCAGCACCAGACUCA